AUGUCAGCUGUGCAACACAGGCAAGGUCUGCGACCUCAUGACCUACAGCUUCAAACCAAGAGUGAAUUUCAACAAAGUCGACGACCUUCGACGCCAGGCUCACCCGAGGAUUUGGCAUCUCUUUCCAUACGGCGGCCUGAUUACACCUCGCGCUUCAAUUCAUGGACAAACCCGUCAACAGUCGACUUGGAACAACUGCGAGGGCGGCUGAACAAUCUGCCCCAAGAGCUCUAUGAUGAAAUCAUGAACUUCACUUUGGUCUGCGACGCCGGCAACGACACUUUCCCAAGCUCGACUAAGAAUGGAUCCCCUAUUGUAAACGCACAAUAUAUUGACGAAACAUACCGGCCUCCUGUUCAGCUCGCCAUCAACCACAAGAUCCGCCAGGAAACCCUCAAGGAUUUCUACGGUCGCACUACUUUUAUAUUCUCCGACCAUGGGGUCUUAAAACGAUGGAUGCGAUCAUUACCUAUUGAAGCAAUGGCUGAAAUUCGACAAGCCCGUGUCGUGGAAGCCACUGCCUCCUGCAUCUUCACUGGAAUAUACACCAGGCCGGAGCGUGCUGUCGGAAAGCCCAAGAUUGGAGGAGAUAUCUGGAAGACCUGGGACCUGAGCAUUGAAACGAGGCAAUCCUGUGCCGGUAAAAGCACCAGGGCGCAGGAGUUUGCUACCGUUGCAAGGAAUUGGUACAAAUGGCACUGA